AUGGAAAAUAUCAAAGUUAUAUUCUUUGGACGAUGUUCAGGCAAAACAAGUAUUAUCCACCGAUAUGUCAAUGGCGAGUUUAUUCGUGAACACAUUGCAACUAUUGAAGAUACAUAUAACACCAUUGUUGACUUGGAAACUCGGCAAGUAGAUUUACAUAUAAUAGAUACAACAAGUGAAGAGUCUCUCCAAGAUCUCAAAUAUAGUCACUUCAGAGAUUCUGAUGUUUUUGUCUUUGUAUAUUCAGUACAUGACGUUGCAUCUUUCAAUUAUGUAAAGAAGGACAUCAAAUACUGUAUGAACAAGGUAGAGAGUGAAGGCCGAAAACUCGGAAGACUCCCAACUUUUAUUGUAGUUGCAAAUAAGAUUGAUUGUAAUAAUAGAACAGUGUCACUGAAUGAAGGUGUUGAGAUUAUUGAGGAUAUCAAUGGAAAAUACCCAACUGGAUACUAUGAAGUAUCCGCGUUAAAUAACAUUAAAGUCGACUUCCUCUUUGAAUCGAUUGCAAAAGGUUCUGCAAAGAAACGGUCGUGCAUUAAAGAGGUUCAAUUGGUCAGUAAACAUAACAUGAAAAUUGAAUUGCCACCUAUUAUUGAAAUUGAAGAAGCUCAUAAAUUGUCAUUUUCGAAACGAUUGUCACAAAAAGUUAAGUGUAUAUCGCCUCGAGGAAGAGGAAAUUAA